UAAUGAGGAGGGAGGGGUGCCAGGGAAUAUACCAAGUGUGUUGGGUAUUAAUGAGGAGGGAGGGGUGCCAGGGGAUAUACCAAGUGUGUUGGGUAUUAAUGAGGAGGGAGGGUAUCAGGGGAGAUACUAAGUGUCCCGGAGGUAUCAGGGGAGUUACUGAGUGCCCUGUGGCGAUUAGUUGGGUUAAUCACGUUCCAAGAUUCUUUGUAAAGCCCUAGUAGCGGGUGUGGGGUUAUUGUGUAUAUUAGUGAGUGAGCAGCAGGCAGAUACACCUAUCAAUCCCCAGGCACGUGACUCCCGGCGGCUACAUUGCCCCCUCUCCUUCUAGUCCUUUGUGUGCAGCACAUCAGCCCCUUUGUGUCUGCCUUUCCUUACACAUCCCAUGAUUCCCUCCUCCCUGUAGUAAGUCUAUGCCUGUCCCUCUCUCUCUCCCUGUGCCCUGCCUCCUCCUCCCCCGCAUGUCUGCUCGUAUAGUCUGGCUCCUUCCUACAGGCUGAGUGGCGCAGCCCCGAGUCUCCCCCUUUCUCUCCUCCGAGUGUCCGGUGCCCCCCGCUCCUCAUUCCUUACUCCCAGUUGCUGGUGGGCGUCACUACUGUGCAGGAGCCUCGGGGGGAACAAGCGCUGCGCACAGCGGCUCUGGCAGUGAGUGGGAGCAGACGCGGCAGAUUUCUGUUCAAAGAGAGAAACUUUACGAAUAGAAACUGGCCAAAUUCAAUAGGAGGAAGCCGCUGCCGUCGGUCAAUCCUCCACUGAGGACUUACAUUGACUUAUCGGGAGCUUACAAAAAGGUCCACGUACAGCCUUCAAUUAUGAAGCAAUUAAAAAGAAAGCGAAAAAGCAAUUUUAGUGUUCAGGAAACGCAAACUUUGCUGAAGGAAAUUAAGAAAAGGAGAGAGAUCAUUUUCUCGAAGCAACUGAACACCACCAUUAACGAGAUGAAGCGCAAAGCGUGGGAAGAAAUCGCUGAGUGUGUGAACGCCCUUGGGGAAGGGGAGCAAAGAACAGGAACAGAAGUGAAAAGAAGGUACCUGGACUGGAGAGCCCUAGUGAAAAGAAAGCGCCUCAACUCGGAUGUCAAAAUAGGAGGUUCUGCCUUUCAGCUCCCCUUGUCAGAUUUAGAUGACUCGAUAAAUGACGACACGGAUGACAAACCGAGCGUGUUAACAAGUGAAUCGAGCUUGGAGUGGAAAAAUGUGACUGAUGUGCGAGAAGCAAGUGAAUCCAUGACUGAAAUUAAAGUAGAAGAAGAAGAAGACCCUCAGGGUUUUGAGGUUGUAGAAUCUAUGACGCCAACGCAGAUGUACCAGCUUGCCAGCACCAUAGAUUCUACGUAUCUGGGUUAUUUUGAGAGUCCUAAUUGGAAAAAACGAGUGUCACAUCCCUGCCUGGGAAUUCAACUCAACGCCCGGCAAAAUAGAAUUCUAUAUAAUAAGACUCCUAGUGAUGAACAGUUUGAGAUUGAAGAAGAAGAAGAUGAAAUGUUAUCAACCGUUCUUCCUGACUCCAGAGAAGAAAAUGACCUUCCGGAAGAAUUUCCUAGAAUUGAAGAGUUUGGUACCUUGAGCUCCAUAGCACGAAUACCUUACAAAGAUUCCCAUCUGCUCGUAACCUUAGAGAAGCAGAAACUGGAGCUAGAGCGCCAGCGUUUAAGUAUCGAAGCAGAGCGUCUUCAAGUAGAAAAAGAGAGACUGCAAAUUGAAAGGGAAAGGUUACGGCACUUAGAUAUGGAGCACGAAAGGCUGCAGCUGGAGAAAGAGAGACUGCAAAUUGAAAGAGAAAAACUGCGACUCCAGGUUAUGCAUGUGGAGAAACCAAAUCUAGAGAAUGAUUUUGCUCAACCAGAAAAGACUGUUUUGCAACCACUGGACAUAGAAGCCGAAAAACUAAAGCUGGAAAGGGAGCAUUUGCAGUUGGAAAAAGAGAGGUUGCAGCUCCUGAAAUUCGAAUUUGAGAAGCUUCACAUAGAAAAGGAGCGCUUGCAGGACGCCCUUCAUCUGACCUUCACUCACUGCAGAGCGAGCUGCGUAGCUUGUGGCCUACAGGACUCCCAAAUCCAUAGUGAGACAACUUUUGAUGGGAUAAAAGAGAAAGCGAAUACGUAGUGCCAGGUUCUUAAGAACAUUUUCUUCUUUCUGUCUUUUCUUUCAAACUGCAUCACUGAACAAAGUGUUGUUAUUCUGUAAAGUAUUUUUAUAUCAAUAUUCAUAUUUCCUUUUUAUGUUUUGUAAAACAUUUUAAAAAGAUAGAUUAGUUUGUUCUUUGGUGCUCUUUGAUAACAUCUUGUUCAAACUUUUUUCUCGAUGGCUUAUGCAGUCCAUCAGCUCAUAGAUCCCAACAUUUGUCAGCCAACCCUAAUUUUAAAUAUUUCUGACAUGUUUGAGAAGCUUUUGCUUAUAAAUGACUUGUUCUUGACGUUUUUAUUUUUUUACAAUUAAUAUGUUUAGGAUGAAUCGUUUUUGCAUCCUCGCCAAAAACAUUACUUUUCUCUCUAAAGUGCAAUUUUCUUUUGUGUACUGGUGUUUUUAAUCUUCCAUUCAUAAUUGGGAUGCACAGAAAAAUGCUGUCAUGAAAUUGCUCGUACUAAACUUAUACCCGCUGGCUAUUAAUGAUCUGCUGUUGAUCUCUAAACACAGAUGAAGAGAUUUACAAUUUAAUGUUGAACAUAUUUUUUGAAUAGUAUUAUUUUUGAAGUGAGAGAGGGUUUUUUUCCCCCAAGCUUUAUCCCUUUUAAAGGGAAAUUGUAAUUAUAAUUUGGAAAUAUUCUUAAUGUGGCCCUAGUGCAGAAAAAAUGCCAAAUGCUAGAAUUGCUUGUUUUCAUUCACAUUGUGCCUCUACUAUUUGAAUUUCAGUUAAAACCAAAAUUAUCCGCACAGUGAAGAAGGAACAACAUAUCAAGAGGUACACAUGACUUCGUUUACCUUACAUGUAAUUAUUAUAUGGACCACCCAGGGCCGAGCCAAGCUGACCGGGCGCCCUAAGCAACCCAGCUGGCCAGCCCGCUAACUACAGUUCAUGCACGCCAGACCAAGACUUCGUGUAUGUGCAGUAACAGAGGGGAGUGAAGGAGAGGGGAAGAGGGCAAUGAACAUAGUCUAGCGCAGGGGUCCACAACAUUUUUUGGCCCGGGGACCAAAAAAGAGCCAAUUUUUUUUCCAAGGAGCGGGGGGGGGGGGGUUGGAGGGGUCGGCGUCCAAUUUGGGCACGUCGGCAUCCAAUUUGGCGCACCGUGUUCAUUGUUCGGCGCCCCAGUUCAGGACUGUCCAUGCCCCGGUGGUUGGGGACCCCUGGUCUAGCGGUAGGCAGAAGACGUUUAACCUGCCAAGCGCCCCCUUAUUGUUGCACCCUAGGUAGAUGCCUCUUUUGCCUACCCCUUGUUCCGGCCCUGGGAACACCUCCAUAUUAUAUGGGGUGGUCCAUCUUUUGAGAAACAAUUUGUUUCUGCUAGCUAAAUUCAAGCAAACCUCUUGCCAUUUUUCCUGACCAUAUGGCCACUGGAUAAUUGGAACAGAGAGGACACACCCUCAAGGCACUAAUUCAAUGGAGUUAACUGAAUAGCAGCUCAGAAAUAGUCAUGGAAAAAGUACAGAAGUAUCACACACUCCAAUUUUUGGCACUGCCACUUUCUCCUUUUUUGUGUCCCUGAUGUAGACCCCCCCCCAGGUGGUUGAAUUACAUCAGGUAUUUUUUUCUGUGUGAUAUAAUGUGCAAUUCCUCUGUACUUUUCAGUAUAGCUACUGGAUAAGCUCUAACUAGGAGACUAAAUAUAUCUUUUAGAUCCUUUUGAAUAUAAAAUGUAUGUCAGUUCACUUUACAAUUCACUUCAGAAUUCUGUUCUAUCUGUAAGAUUUGGACCAGUCUUUGCAGUCACAUCAAAACUGAAUUUUUAGAGGCAAAUUAAAUAAUUUUCAAAAACAUUGCACCUUUUCCCUCACGUCCCUACAGGCAGCACUUACACAUGAGAUAGGCUCCUUCCUUUAGGUAGGAAAAACACAUUGUCCAAUAAAAAACAUCCCACCCCCAUAUAACCUCUACUCCUCCUCUAUACAUCAGUGUUUUUCCUACCUGCGGGUAGAUAAUAUCGUCACGUUUGUUGUUUUAAACUACCAUGGUAGUCAGGCUGCAGGAGACACUUCUGAUUGUGCUCCCUGGGGAGGUGCUGUGCGGGGUAUGGUGGUAGGGUUCACAUUGGCGUCCCUCCCCUGGAGCUUCAAGGUUUAUGGGGCUGGCAGUUUUUUCUUGCGGGCCCAGUGUGACUCGGGAAGUGCGUUAUUUCUGGGUCUCCAUUUUAAAAAGAGGCAAUCUGUAUAGCGUGGCUGGCUGCUUCUCCGGAGAUCUGGUCCAUUUAUUCAGCCCCUGCCCAUGCUGUUAAGUUCCGCUCUACUCUGAGCAAAAUCUUAUUAUAUAAGUAUAUUGGACUCCAUUUUUUCAUUGUAUUUCAACCAUGUCUAAAAAAAAACAAAAAAAAAAACCUAAGGUUAAAGAUAUCAAAAAGGAAUCUAAGAAGCCUUCUGGGGAUAAUUUUUGUGCUGGAUGUAAUACCAUUCUGCAUACUGAUCAUUCUGACAAAUUAUGUAGUGCAUGUAGAGAUUCAGCUACCUGGGCCUUCUAAUUCUAUGUCAUAUUUUAUGUCAUGGUUUAAAGAUACUAUGUCACAGACCUUGGAAACUGUUGAAACUUCUAUGUUUUCUAAAGUAACAGAUGAUUAUGUUUGUGAAAAUCUUAUUGGUGAAGAUAUUUCCUCAGAGGAGUCAGAAGGUGAAGGUACAUCUUAUGCUAAGGAUUCUGACUCUGAAGAAGGAGAAUGUUCUGAUAAUGAGGAAUUUUUUUCCUAGGAAAAUUUAGGGCCACUAUUUAAAGCAGUUAGGGAUACCAUGGGGGGAGAUAUAGAUCCCGAACCACCUAAAAAGAAAGGUAAACUCUUUUCUAAAAUUUCUAAAAAGAAAGCUGUUUUUCCAGUAGAGGAACCUAAAAAAGGACAGAUGAAAGCUGAAUGGAAAAAUAUGGAGAGAAAGCUUACCAUUCCUAAAAGAUUUUAGGCUUUAUUUCCUUUUGAUCCUACUGAUUGUAAAAGCUGGAAUUCCUUGCCAAAAGUUGAUGCCCCAGUAGCUCAAACUGUUAAACGCACUACCGUUCCUUUUGAGGAUAGUUCUGGGCUAAAAAAUCCUAUGGAUAGAAAGGCUGAUACUGCUUUGAGAAAAGCUUAUAUAUCAGUGCAGGAUUUAAACCAGCUAUUUCAGGUGCAUCAGUAACCAGGUCAUUGAGAAUGUGGUUGGCUCAGCUACAGAAGGGAAUUAAGAAAGCUGCACCCAGAGAAGUGUUUUUAAAUGAUUUUUCCAUUCUUUUCAUGGCAUCUGAUUUCCUCACUGAAGCAGCAAUAGCUUCUAUUGAUAUGUGUGCUAAAACUACAGCUUUUUCUACCCUAGCACAAAGAGCUCUCUGGCUCAAACCAUGGGCAGCUGAUGUAGCUUCAAAAAAUCGUUUACUGAACCUUCCCUUAGAAGGAGAAAAGUUGUCCGGAACUUGACUCACUGGUGGAGAAGAAAUCAGAUGAUAAGUUAAAGUCAUUGCCGCAAAAUAGUCGUAAUUCUAAGAAAUAUUUUUUUUUUUGUUUAUACAGACCUUCAACCAUUAAAGCAGGGCAGGAUUGGAAAUUCAAUAAAAAACAGAGGGAAAGAUCAUCUCAAAGAGAUAAACAAACAAGGGGUAGGGGUGCCCUUCCUUUGGUAACACGUUUUUUUCGGCAUGACACCAAAUUCGGGGAGGCAGGUUGAGAAGCUUCUAUUCCACUUGGGAAUCAAUUACCACAGAUCGUUGGGUUCUACAGACUAUCAAAAGUGGUUAUACAAUAGAAUUCCUUUUAAAACACCUUCACGUUUCACAAAAAUGCCUUUUUCAACAGAAAGAGAAAAAAUCUUUUCUUCAGCUAUCCAAGAAUUCAAAAGUCAAGGUGUUUUACGUCCAGUGCCAAAAACUCAGGAAUUUCAAGGUGUGUAUUCCCGUAUUUUCCUUGUGCCAAAAUCAAAUGGAAAGGUCAGAACUAUUAUAGAUUUAAGAUUCCUCAACAAAUUUAUUAGCAAAAAGAGGUUCAAAAUGGAGACCGUACGAUCGUCAAUAAAUACUCUUCUUCCAGGAGAU